UGGGGAGAAGCGCAAGCCCAGUCCGGCCCGGCCCGGAGGAAGUGACGGCACCGUGCGGUACACGGGGUUUCCCGGGGGCGUGUGUCGGACUCGGGACUCGGUGAAAACGAUAAUGGCGCGUAGUUUUGGCAAGCGUUACCUCAAGGCAUUUGUUAGUGGUUUUUUUGUCGCUGUUCCUGUUACUGUGACAUUUCUGGAUCGUGUGGCAUACAUUGCAAGAGUGGAGGGUGCAUCAAUGCAGCCAUCAUUAAAUCCUCCAGGAAGAACCACAUGUGACAUUGUGCUUUUAAAUCGAUGGAGUGUGCGGAACUAUGAGGUACAACGUGGUGAUGUCAUCUCUCUGGUGUCACCCAAAAACCCAGAACAGAAAAUAAUCAAGCGAGUGAUUGCCGUUGAAGGAGAUAUCAUCAGAACUAUGGGAUAUAGGAAUAGAUUCAUAAAGAUUCCCAAUGGCCAUUUAUGGAUUGAAGGAGAUCAUCAUGGACACAGCUUUGACAGCAAUGCCUUUGGACCUGUUUCCCUUGGACUAGUUCAUGCCCGUGCUUCACAUAUCAUCUGGCCUCCCAGUCGUUGGAUGAAAUUACAAACUGAUCUCCCAGUGGAGCGAAGGCCUCUUUUGUCUGAGAGCGAUGAGUCUGCGGAUAAAACAUCCAUUUAGCAACCAAAUGGAGAAGGCAAGCUCCCAGCAUGAAAUUGAAUUGAUCCAGCAGCUGCUGUAAAAGGAAAACUGCAUUGUAUUGUUCUGUAGCGUUGUAUAUUCCAUGCACUGGGCUUUCCCAAGCCAUAAAUACUUCCCUUCAACUUUGCAAAAUUCACUAUUACACAGACUUUAUAGAAUUUUUGCCAUAAUUUUGAACUGUUUUUCUUAUAGAUUUUGAAUGUUUUCACUGCCUAUUGAGCCAAAUGUCUUACGAAUUUAGGAUGAAAUAUAAAUGAGAGUUAAUUCCAGUGGAGUCCUGGUAACACCAAAUGCAGUUUUGCCAACUCAGCCAUUGAUAUACCCUUGAUGUUAUUGAAAUGAUGACAGUCUAGAACUAAUCGAUUUGGGUGUGAAAAUUUCAUAUGAUCAGUUUGCCAGCGUAAGUGUGGACAAUUACAGUCAGCACUUUCCUCAUCCGAAACAAGGAAUCUGUCUCAAAUUCCAGGGAAAGUAAUUUAUAUAAAAUGUCAUUUGCAUAAUUGGACCAGACUAAGAUAAUCUUUCUUUAAAAGAGCAGGGUUCUGUAUCAUGCAAAAGGCCAAAUCAGUUUUAAACUUAUACACUCACACAGGACCCAUUCUAAUGAGAAACGGAUAAAUACUUCUAUGCUUAUAUUCUUGAGAAGGCCUCAAAAUUCAUCCAUCUGAAGUGGCAUUUUUUUCAUGGCAGUAUCCCUGAUGUAAACAAAAUAGAUGCAUGAUAUGUAAAGACCCUAUCAGAACUGAAGGCCCAGCCUGUAUCUGCAUGAAUUCUGGCAGCAUCAGGAUCAGACCCAAAUUCUCUCCUGGCCAUUAAAGAUAACUUCAAUCCACUACAGACCCAAGAAUAUCACGAUCUGGGACUUUUGGGAGGAUUUGAUUUCAGUGGCUUUUACAUAGAAAAUUUUUUCAUGCAUGAGUCCUAGCUCAAAACCCAACUUGGAAUGAACAUCACCACCUUCUCACCCUCUGCUGCUAAUGAAGCUCUAAUUUGAACUGAAUUUGUGCAAUUUUCAAUCCAGCCCUUCAUGGCUAUAGGUUUUUAACUCACAGUGGUCUGUAGUUUACUAUAAAUUAGCAUCCAUUUUGGCAUAUUAUAACAAGAUUUCAUAGUCAAGUGGGGAAAGUAGGAUGGUGCAGUUGGGACAGAAUUGAAGGAACUUUGCCUUCUUUGAAAUAUGCUGCUUUGAAACCUGGGAUUACUUAAUAUUGAAUUGAUACUGAGUAAUAAAAAGGAAUAGAUAUCCCAUCUCCCAGCACUGAAACUCCAACUUCCUACUCAAUUGCCACCACUACUUCUACCAUCACAAAGUAUAACACUGAAUAUUUUUAAUUUUUGUCACAUCAAAGUAGAUCUUAUCAGACUCCUCUGCAAUAUAAUAAAAUGUGAGGCUGGAUGAACACAGCAGGCCCAGCAGCAUCUCAGGAGCACAAAAGCUAUGCUGUGUUCAUCCAGCCUCACAUUUCAUUAUCUUGGAUUCUCCAGCAUCUGCUGUUCCCAUUAUCACUGAUACAAUUUCCACUGCAAUAUGUUUUCUUUUUCACUUUUUCCAGCAACUACUCCAUUCAAGGAAAGUGCUUCUUAAGGCCUUAGAAUUUUGUGGAAUUGAAGGUAAUAUGUUUGACUCAAAAAGACAAACAAAUAAGAAUGAGUCCUUGUAAUCUUUUAUCAAGAUAACCUAGAGCUUAAUUCUUCAAACUGAAACUCCCCUGUCCCAGCAGAUUUUGAAUGAUAGUAACAUUGAAGAGGAUGUGCAGGCUCCCAAGUCUUAACACGUUUUAAAAAUAACAGAUUUGUGGCACAGACAGAGGACAGCCAGCCCAUUACAUUCUGAGCUGUCUAAAAAUGAGUCAUCUAGCCUAAUUACACUAAUUAUUUCUCGAUCCGUAAUUACGUAGCUUGUGGUAUUUUAUGUAUUUUUAAAUGCAGUAAGAGUCUCUACCACCCUCCCAGACAAUGAGUUCCAGAUCUUCACCACCCUCUGGAUUCAAAGAAGGUCUUUUUAAACUUUUCCUCUCUGUCUAACAAUUAUUUUAAAUCUUUGUCCCUUCCCGUAUUUGACUUCCCAAUUAUGAGUUCUAGAGUCUGUCUAUCUACUACUAUUUUUGUAUCUCUAUUGCAUCUUUCCCCCAGCUUCCUCUGUUUCAAAGAAAAUAAUUCUAACCUUUUCAGUAUUUCCACAUAAUUAAAAUUCUUUGUUUCUGGCAACACAUUAUAAAUGUCUGUAUACCUACUCUGAAGAAUCUCAUCCUUCCUGUAAUAUGGUGACAAAAUCCCUGCAGUACUGUGUACAGUGUAGUCUAACUUGUUCUUGAUCAGAGUCGGUAUUUACAUAAUUUGAAGACUUGUUGAUUUUGCAUUACCUGUAUUUUAUGAGAGGUGAAUUCAAUUUAUGUUUCCAUUUUUAUUUCAAAUUCAAUGCAUCGUUGUCUAUUCACAGUGGUUCGACUAUAAAUCUAUGAGUUAUCAUGGCAAUCUUUCUUACAGAUUGGAAAGAUUCCAGGUUUGAUCCCUGUAGUCUCAGUUGAUGACAGCAGUGCAAAAUCAUUCUUAACAUCACCUAAGGAAAAAAAAGGUAAUCAAAGCAAUAGAAACCAGGAUUCCUUAUCGUCCAGCAACUCCCGCUGGAAGAUUGCAUGUUGGAUACAACUAACCAAAACCCGCUAUGGUGAUACUGUUGUGUUUCAUGCUAGGACCGGAAUUGCAAUUGUCCAAUAAAGAAGGUCAUACUUUAGACAUGUCAACACCGCUAAAUAUAAUUGUUUAUAAACAAGUUUGACUUAAGAAGUAAACCCUGUGGAAAGCCAGAGAAACCAUUAAAUGGUGUUUUUGCAUUACGUCAUAUAGAAGGAGUUACAUAGAGCGCUAUGAUUUUUUAAAAAUGUUGUUAUGUUCCUACUAAAACAGACAAACUAAGGAACAUGCACAAAAUCUCUUUUCCUUAUGAGAAAGCCAAGGCCAAUGCUGGUAAUUACAGUUCGGAUCAAUGUGAGAUCUUUACCUGUCAUAAAGUUUGCUGGGAAACAAAGUAUCUUUAUGUUAUAAUUGAUAUUAAGUCAUUUCUGGAAAUUUAAUUGUAAUUAAAGUGAUUAAUUGGUCUAAUGUUGAAUUGCCCUACUCAAGUGUUAUUCUAAUCCCAUUUUCCUACCUCUUUCAUUAAGCUGCUCACAGUCAAGGAGAAGUAGACGCAGUAUCACCAAUUCAUUCUGCAAUUAGGGAGUACAUUUACUUUAGGUUGAUCAUGGACUGGUUUAAAUUCUGGCCAUCAAACCAUCAUGUAUGGUAAUGAAUUAGCGUCCAAGGAAAAAAAAGUGUUAGAUUUACUUGUGGUCUUUUCAGAAAGUAGAAAAGUAAGAUUAACCAUUUAAAAGUUCCAGAUAAAGUUUCAUAAAUUAAUCUGAUAUUUAAAGUAUAUAUUCAAUUGUUUGAAAUUGUAAAAUUGAGGCAGAUCAAUUUUGAAAACCGAUGACAAUCAAAUGUAUUUUUGUUUGAAGAUGUAGUGUUGAAUAUAGAAGGAACUCAGCUUUUACUUUUUCCAGAGCUGUGAAAGAUACUGUGGCACUUACAGAUCCUAUAAAGUGCUUUGUAUCAUGAAGCUCAUGCAAAAUAAUGUUAUUUAUUAUCACCAACCUGUGGUAGGAAAUUUUGCAGUCAUACUUUGAUAUUUUUAGUACUCUUUUAAUGGUAUUUUUGAAAUAGUUGAUACUUCUUCUGUCGUAAUUUAUUGUUAUCAGAUCAUGAGCACACCAUUAGCAUAAUGAAAGUUUUCUUUUCUUUAAGUAUUGCUUAAAAUGUACACAUUUUGCAGAAGCUUUUCAUCUUGCACUCAUUAGAAUUCUAAUUCUGUUAGAAUUCUUUGAAGAGGUAACAAGUAUGUUAGACCAGGGAAACCCAGUAGAUGUUAUCUAUCUAGACUUCCAAAAGGCCUUUGAUACAGUGCCUCACGGGAGGCUGCUGAGCAAGGUGAGGGCCUAUGGUGUUUGAGGUGAGCUACUGGCUUGGAUUGAGGAUUGGCUGUCUGCCUUCUGUCAGAUCUGACAGAAGGCAGAGAGUUGGGAUAAAAGGCUCUUUUUCAGAAGGGCAACCGGUGACAAUGUGGUGUCCCGCAGGGUUCAGUGUUGGGGCCACAGCUGUUCACCUUAUAUAUUAAUGAUCUGGAUGAAGGGACUGGGGGCAUUCUGGCGAAGUUUGCCGAUGAUACAAAGAUAGGUGGACAGGCAGGUAGUACUGAGGAGGUGAGGAAGCUACAGAAAGAUUUCGACAGUUUAGGAGAGUGGCCCAGGAAAUGGCUGAUGAAAUUCAAUGUGAGUAAAUGUGAGGUUUUGCACUUUGGAAAAAAGAAUACAGGCAUGGACUAUUUUCUAAACGGUGAGAAAAUUUGCAAAUCAGAAGUGCAAAGGGAUCUGGGAGUGUGGGUCCAGGAUUCUCUAAAGGUUAACUUGCACGUAGAGUCCGUAAUUAAGAAAGCGAAUGUAAUGUUGUCGUUUAUCUCAAGAGGGUUGGAAUAUAAAAGCAGCGAUGUGCUUCUGAGGCUUUAUAAGGCUCUAGUUAGGCCCCAUUUAGAAUACUGUGUCCAAUUUUGGGCCCCACACCUCAGGAAAGACAUACUAGCCCUGGAGCAUGUCCAGCGGAGAUUUACACAGAUGAUCCCUGGAAUGGUAGGUUUAACGUAUGAUGAAUGGCUAAGGAUGCUGGGAUUGUACUCAUUAGAGUUUAGAAGCUUGAGGGGAGAUCUAAUAGAAACUUACAAGAUAAUGUAUGGUUUAGAAGGGGUGGACGCUAGGAAGUUGUUUGCGUUAGGCGGGGAGACUAGGACCCAUGGGCACAGCCUUAAAAUUAGAGGGGGUAAAUUUAAAACUGAAAUGAGAUGACAUUUCUUCAGGCAGUGAGUGGUGGGCUUGUGGAAUUCAUUGCUGCAGAGUGCAGUGGAGGCCGGGACGUUGGAUGCCUUCAAGACAGAGAUCGACAAAUUCCGAAAUGCCCAUCAGCCAUGAUUUAAAUGGCGGAGUGGACUUUGGGCCGAAUGGCCUUACUUCCACUCCUAUGUCUUAUGGUCUGAUGGUCUUAUGGUCAUUGGCGUAAUUCAUAAUAUCUCUGUUUUGCAGGUGGGACUGAAGGAAAAUAUGUACUGUAAGAGUGGAGAGUGUUGAUUGCUUGAACACUGAUUAGUAAGAAGUAUUGCCAUGGAAAAUAUACCAGCUAAUAGUGACCGACAAUUAAGUGCCAGACCUUGCUUUAAAGCACAUCAGUUCACUCUGAUUAGAUAAGUCAUUGUCCUGAGAAUGAACUGCCGAAUGAAAUGAAACAGGCACAGUACAUUUACAUGUUUGUUCUGUCUGUCCUAUGUAUUCCUAUACUCUGUAGCUUCAGUACACACCAAUGUAUGAUACUGCAAGCCUGACUAACAAAUUUUAAUCCAUAGUCAAUGCAAUACUUCACGUACUCAGAAUUAUCCAGCGGGAUAUAUCUGUCCUAUUUUUAAGUGCACAUACAUGAAAGUAACAAGAUAGUAAGUACUGCUGAUGAUGGAGUCAGAGAUAACACAGUGUGGAGCUGGAGGAACACAGUAGGCCAGGCAGCAUCAGAGGAGCAGGAAAGCUGACAUUUCAGGUAGGAACCCUUCAGAAAUGGGGCACCAUUUCUGAAAAAGGAUCUUGACCCAAAACAUCUGCUUUCCUGUCCUCUGAUGAUGCCUGGCUAUGAAAGUAAUGACUAGCAUACAAACGGUGAUCCGCAGGAUAUGCAAGAGGCAUUCGGUUCUGUUUACAACUGAAUCUUGAAGCACAUUGCAAUUUUUAG